AAGAGACGACCAAGAGGCAGCCAGCCACAGGCAUAGAAGCCACACGAUCGGGCGCUCCAAAGCGCUCCACCGCAACUUGGAUGCAUUCAGUCUUGUUUCGAACACUCAACGCAAGAGACGCGUGCGUACGCAGCAACCAAGUAGCCAACAAGCGAGUGUUGUGUAGAGCAGCGGCGAAUCGAGCAGAUACAUAGAAGUACAUAAUUUCAAAAGCAAAGUGAUCGAUCGAACGUGCGAUACAGCAGCGAUAAGUGCAAGUCCCCGGACAAGUGGCUAAAAAGUUGAUAAUUUUUACGGAAGAGAAAAAAAAAAGAAAAUCAAAUAAAUUUACGCUUAAAAGUGAAGAAAAAAAGAAGUGAAAAAUAAAAUUCUAAUGCACAUAAUUUGAAAGAAAAAAGUGAUUUUUUUUGUGAUUUGGAAGCUUCUAAGUAGAAGAGUAAAUAAAUUUACGCAGAUAAAACCACACGCGCCUGCAGUCGAAGCUAAAGCAAAGCAAGCAAGGCGUGCGCUUUGAAGUGAAGUGUGCGGUGAAGCGCUCGCUGGUCGACGGAAAGUAGGCGCGGCUCCUAGCCUGUCGAAUAGUGUCUGAAAAAUGUCUGUAUCUAUCAAAUAAGAGUCGUGGCAAAUGUUCUUAUUUUAUUGUUGUUAAAAAGCAUAAGCGAAACGAGAAAUACUAAAAAAAAUCUGACUCUGAAAAUCAAAAACGAAAAAAAAAAAAAUCUACAAUACAUAGCUGCUUUAUCAAUAGAGCGCUCCGGUCGUUGAUAUGCAUAUAUAAAUAUUUAUACGCACAUAAAAUAUCUAAAAAAAGUGAAUAUAGAAGAAUAGUGAAACCAAAAAUAUUGCGAAUAAUGCUUGCGUAAAUGCCAGCCAACAAAAAGAAGUACAAACACCAGUAUAAAUCAAAGAUUUUUCCAAAAGUGAAACAUUCUUCAAACAAAAAAAAAAGUAUUUGUGCAUUUAUCUAUAAGAUAAAUGCAAUAAAAUGCAAAAUAAUUAAAUGGAAGAAACCGCAAAUCAUCGAGCAGUUAAAAUUUUUGGGAAUUACCGAAAAUGUGCUAUCGAGUGUAAGGUAGAAAAAAUAACAAAAACAAAAGAUACGAAUUAAGUAAAAAACCGUGCGAUAAAUCGACUGCGGCAGAAAUACCAUAAAAUAGUUCAAACAAACACAAAAAAAUCCAACAGCAAAAAUGGCUGUCAAAUCGACGCGCAGUCCGUUGAUAACACAACAGCAACCAACAAUAGUGCCAACACCAACAACAGCAGGCACAAUGCCCGGCACAAGCAUACGUUCAAGACUGAUCUUCCCCAGAAGUCAUCAUCAUACACAGGUAACCACAAAGAUGUCUGAUUUUUCGGAUAGUUCACAUAGUGGCGUUGCCAGUCCAGCAGCGUCGUUAAUUGAAAAUUUCCACAAGAAGAAUAGCGGCAAUACACCAACAACAAGUGGCGGCGUCGGCACCGGUACAGUGACCACAGUCUCAACGCCCGCCAUUAAUGGCCUCACAGCGGUUAGCUGCAAUGGUGGCGGCGCUAAUAAUGGUUUAAGCAAUGCAACAACAACGACUGUGGGGCGACACAUAAAUACAAGUUCCAGUUCUAGUAGUAGCGUUAAGGAAACAUCAUCCACAUCACAACAGGUCGUUAACAGCAGUACAACAACACGCGUUGAAAAGAAACGUUUACAUCACAUUACAUCCUCAUCAUCUUCGUCCACCUCCUCGUCGUCGACAUCAUCGUCCGAAAUGAAGACGGCAGCACUGCAACGCGAUUUAAGCGAAAUGAAAAAUUCCAUGUCUGAAAUAACGGAUCUUGUUGGCCGCAAUGCCAACAACACGAAUAGCGGUGCACUGGGCAGCAGCAGCAAUAACUUGGCCAUCUCAGCAGCAGCAGCACAUCAACCAUCCAUAAACGAUCUCACACAAUUGAAAGCGCUGAACAGUGCUGAUGCCAUUGAAAAUUUGAAAAAGAAAAUCCGCUCAUCCAUUGAAAAUCUCGUCGACAGCGAUGCCGAACCGUUGGUUACAUUUCCCGAUGCCGAUGAUGAUCAUCACAAAUUGGCCGAUUUGGUUAGUGUCUCGAAUGGCAAACUUACCACCACCAAUGGCUUGGGCGGUUCGGGUAAAAUUGUCGAUACCGUUAAAUUCGAAGAGAGAAGCACAAAGACCGAAUCGAAGACGAAAGUCGUAGCCGAUGGUUUCAGCACGGAGCAGGCAACUAGCAAUUUGGCUGAAAUGAAACGGCUACAGACGGGUGAUAUCGACUAUCAGGAGGCUAAAGCGGCAGCAGCGAUGCGUAAUCGCACCGAAAUGGAUGGUGUGAAAACGGAAGAGAAUGCCGCUGUCAUACAG